AUGUUUUUGAAGAAAGAAUUGCUGGCGGCAGCACUUGCCGUACAAACCUGCGCCGGCGCAGUGUCGAAGGUGCGCGAUGAGAACGCGCAAUGCACCAAAACUACGGUCGCGAUUCUAGGAGGGGGAAUGGCCGGUGUCGCGGCAGCUCAAGCUCUCUCGAACUCGUCCAUCAACGACUUCGUGAUCAUCGAGUACCGUGAUACACUGGGAGGUCGCGUUGCCCAUACCAAAUUUGGAAAGGAUGCCAAUGGCAAGCCCUAUACUGUGGAGCUCGGCGCCAACUGGGUGCAAGGCCUUGGCUCACCAGGGGGUCCUGAGAAUCCCAUUUGGACCUUUGCCAAGAAGUGGGGUGUAAAAAACACCUAUUCCGACUACAGCUCGAUUCUCACCUACAAUGAGACCGGCUAUGUGGACUACUCCUCCUUGCUGGAUGAGUUCGAGGACCUCUACGACGAUGCGGCCGAGGCGGCCGGAGUCCUCUUGACGCAGAACGGACAGGACCAAACGGCUCGUUCAGGCCUGGCAUUGGCCGGGUGGCGGCCCAAGGUCGAUGAUAUGGCGAGACAGGCCGUUGAAUGGUGGGAGUGGGAUUGGGAGGAUGCAUACUCCCCCGAUGAAAGCUCCUUCAUAUUUGGAGCUGCUGGCUCGAAUCUGACGUUUAACCAGUUCAGCGAUGCAAACAACUACGUCUGGGACCAACGCGGCUACAAUCGGAUCAUUCUCAAGGAGGCCUCGACCUUCCUGAAGGACAAUGACCACCGAGUCCAGCUCAACUCGAUCAUCACCAAUGUCACCUACUCUGAGGAUGGCGUUACUAUCUACAAAGAAGACGGCAGCUGUGUGACAGCCGCAUACGCAGUCUGUACCUUCUCCCUGGGGGUCCUCCAAAAUAACGCUGUCUCCUUCAGCCCCAAGUUCCCUGACUGGAAGCGAACUGCGAUCGAGAAGUUCAGCAUGGGGACCUACACCAAGAUCUUCCUGCAGUUCAAUGAGACUUUCUGGCCUGAGGACACCCAGUACUUCCUGUACGCCGACCCAACCACCCGUGGCUACUACCCGGUCUGGCAGUCAUUGUCCACUCCGGGCUUUAUCCCCGGCUCCAACAUCAUAUUCGUGACUGUAGUAUCUGAAGAGGCCUACCGCGUCGAACGCCAAUCCGACGAGCAGACCAAGCAACAGGUCCUAGCCGUCCUGCGCCAAAUGUACCCGAACAUCGACAUCCCCGAGCCUACGGCCUUCAUGUACCCCCGGUGGACGAUGACACCCUGGGCGCAUGGCAGCUACUCGAACUGGCCGCCAUCGACGACGCUCGAGAUGCACGAGAAUCUGCGUGCGAAUGUAAACCGACUCUGGUUUGCGGGCGAGGCCACGAGUGCCGAGUACUUUGGCUUCCUGCACGGCGCGUGGUUCGAGGGCCGCGAUGCAGGCCUGCAAAUUGCGGCGCUACUGCAGGAUAAGUGCGUAAACAUUUCAAGCACGGCCGAGGACUGCGGUAAUCGGCGGUACUAUGAAAGGCUGUACGGAUCGUCUCCGUUGGCGGAUUAUAGCGUUUUUGACGGAUGGUCUGUCAGUAGCUUCUACUCAAGUAGUGACUGA